AUGGCACCAGACCAGCAUGUCCUCGUCUCGUAUUCUGCGCCCAAGAACCUGCUAGGCAGCCAGAAAUGGAACAUCUUCUUCGAAUCUAUGGUCUCCCAAUUCCCCCUUCAGAAUGUACACUGGCGCUCUUCGUUCAGGAACCAAACCCUCAGGACGAUUCCCUCGCUGAACGUCAAGUUCGUCGCUCUGGAUUCUGUACGCGACGAAUUGGCCAGCCAGAUUCCGACAACAGUCUUAGAGAAACCUAUCAUCCAUCUGUUCGUGGUGCAUUGUGAGGACCAUGAUUCUACACAGUACAACGCCUUUAAGAAGGAGAUCAAGGAAUGGAACGAGACGAUCAUGCAGAAGAAGAGCAAUGAGCGAGUGAUACUCCAGAUUGUAACGCCCGACUCCGCCAAGCAGUCGCGUGGAGGUCUAUUUGCUGGUUCGGUGCUGGAGAAGUUAAAGGCUGAGUUCAAUACGGAUAAGCGGAAUCGAUGUGCCCAGCUCAGCUAUUCCCCAGCUGUCGAGAACCGCUUACUAUGGGGAGAGUUCCACAACAUCAUGAAGGAGUGUAUGGGGUACGCACUGGAUCAAGCACUUUCGGUUCGAUUUGAGAUUGUCAAGAGAUCAGAAGGGCAGCAACAAAUGCCUGGAUGGAAUUUCUGUACAUUCUUCCUGCUCAAGGAAAGUUUGGCCAUGUCCUACGAAGGCAUCAGCGUGUUCGAUGAAGCUCUCCAACAAUAUGAUGACCUCGAAAAAUCCUUCCUUCAAGUUAUUCAGGAACGGAAUAUGUCGUGGUUCGGAAAUCUCAUCAACCCCAGCGCAGGUGACGAUUCGACACCGCUGCUAUCUCCGCGACCAUCGAGCAAGAAGGCAUUCCGCGACCUCAUUCUCUCAAACGAGAUUUCUGUCUUUGAGCUGAGAAUUUAUAUCCUCUCUCGCCAAUGUCAGAUUAUGGCGAAAAUGGGUCAAGUCGAUGAAGUUCCGCGGAAGGUUGCAAGCUUCCUUGGGACGUUUAGCAAGACUUUGAAGCAAGUGCAGAACUUGCUUCCAAAGUUCUUCAUACAGUCUUGGGUCUAUUCCGCUUCGGACGACGCCAUUAAGCAAUGCGAAAUUUGGCAAGAGAAGUUUCCUACCAAGAAUACCAAACGACUAGAGGCAGGAGUAGGCGAGCUUCGCGAUAUGGCAAGAACCCAGCUUGAUAUCAUCGGCAUCGACCUGGAUUAUCUCCCGAAACGACCACCGUUCUCGAUGUCUUUACCCGGCAACGAAUACCAAUAUCCUCCCGGACAUUCAGAAGGGGAAAUCACGAAUACUCAGUUACUGGAAGCUCUGCAAGACAAAGAUGUAUUCUACGACUUGUACAUAUCUCAUACCAACGAGGCAAUCGUCAUGUACUCGAAAGCUGGCCGGAGCCGAUUCGCUGUCAAACUUCACGGCUGCCUUGCAGCUCUAGACUUACAUCGAGGUAACCUGGAACGCGCCCUGGACACCUAUUCCAAUCUCGCCUCGCACUAUGCACCGCAUACGUGGGUGGCGAUGGAAUCGUAUAUGUUUUCACGGGCUUUAGAUACCCACAAGACUCUGAAUAAACCUCAAGACACCGAAUGGAUACAUCGAAUUCUCUCAUUCCUGAAAGCUUAUGUCGAGAAUGCAGGCGCAGAAACGCUACUUCCUUGCGAAGACAACCGAAGCUAUGUAGCUGAGUUUGUGAAUGAGAUGAAGAAUGCUGCCUCUAAUUUGGAAAAUGACAUCCGCUAUCCGGACCACCCAGCACUCUCUGUCCAGAUCGCCAAGAAGGCCAUUCUGGCUCCCGACAAAGAUGGCUCUAUUCUAGAUGUCACCAUUCACAACGAUCUUCCCUGUGCGUUCCCUGCCGAUGAAAUCGUAGUCACCCUGUCAGGACGGGACUUCGAGAGGUUCCAGUUCACGACAUCGAUCGAAACGCUUCCUCCCGGGAAAUCGAAAGUUUCUCUGCUGUGUCCGAACCCUGCAGCUGGGACGUUUUUCGUCGAGUCCAGUGAGAUUCGAGCAGCCAAGCUCUUGCUGCAGUAUCCUCAGAGAAAGGGAACUCCGACUCAUCAAAUAGUUCGUGUGGAGACGGAUCCACUAGCUCUCAGUGUUCGCGUGUUCCAUGUUCCUGCAGUUGAGCUGGGGAAGCCGUUUAGCGUCUCCUUCCGAAUCUGGACAGGACGAAAUUCUAUUCAGACCCUCAACCUCCGGAUUUCGGCGCCUUCUACCACCUUCCACUAUUGGGAAGCUUCUCUGGACGGAGAAAAUGACGAAUUUGCCUUUGAAACCAACAAGUCUGGGAUCAAGCUCGAAAAUCUCGGCAAAGACACCACUAAGGUAGAGGUCGAAGUGGAUUAUGUUACGACGGAAGAGCCGCAAGUCGAGAGAACCAUGCGCUUCUCCAGUAACAUCAGCCCAAGUCUACCUAUAUCUGUUCGCGUUCAAGAUUGGUUCCGAGACACUAGGUUGAUCUCCACCUUUUCUGUUAAAUCUACCACGCAUCAAUACAUUCGGGUGGCGGAGGCCAAUCUCAAAGUUCCAGAUGGAGUGGACAAUAUCAAAGUUGUACCAUGUAACAUCAGGAAGGGUACGAUUACUGUCACGCCGAACGAGAAUGCCAACUUCCUCUUUGCCUUGGAUUCCAUGACAGGGCCCGUCAGUGAACAGCUGUUCUUCCACAUCAAAUACCGGCUACUCCGUGAAGAGGUCGGAAGUAUUGUGGAAGAGGAAGUAAGAGCGGCUCUAGACGAAGCUUCUAAAUCUCAAGAUCUCCGUCCCCUCAUUGUCGACACCUUGAUCGAACUAUUGGAAAACGAUCCCAGUUGGGUGUCACUAUACAAUAUCACUGGCGAAAUUGAGCUCCCGGACCCGUCAAACAAGGCCGGGGAGGUCGGAGAGAUGAUUCCGCUGGCUCUUGAGCGAUUGCGCCGACACAGGCAUCCUCAGACUCCCCAAGGUAUUUGGAGAGAACUUAGAUUGCCUGUGGAUGUUCCAGUGAAAGAUAUUGUUGCAACCGCGAGUAUAAACAUCCUCUCGACGCCGUUCAGCGCCAAACAAGGGCCCGGAGCGCCACUUUCGUUGUAUGCGGGCCAACCCAUCAACGCCGAAUUGGUUAUCCGGACAACACUUCGCUGGGGAUCAGACGAUGAAUCGGCUCGGCGUCACGUUCUCAACUACCACAUCGAGGACAUGACCCGAGAAUGGCUCAUUGGCGGGAUAAAGCAGGGGGACUUUAUCGCAGAGGUAUUGCUGUACUCCCGCCUUGGCAAAAACACGAUGUUGACGACGCUGCAGAACAACGGGAAAUUCACCCUUCCUCUUACCUUGAUGGCCCUUCAUCAUGGAGAGUUCGGCUUGCCGAAAGUCCAUGUUCAACCAAGGGUGAACUGGAGGGACAUCACGGUUGCGUCGCAGGCCCCGCCCAACGUGGAGACGUAUCAAGAACAUGGGGCUGUCAAGGUACUGGUCCUUCCUCGCGGAGGACGGAGUACCUUUGUGGUCGCGAUGGGAUCGGCCGAUUCCACGUAG